AUGGAGCCGUUCGAUCCCAUCGUCUGCGUUGUGGGUUUCCACCAUGCACGUGGCCCUGAAGUUGAAUCCUGGUACGGCGUUCCCCCGUCCAGUGACCCUGCCCAUGAAAACGAAUGGCCCCUCCUCCCUUUCAUGGCGCUCUCGGACGGUGCGCAUGCGUCCACAGAAGACUUUUCCUACUUUACACUUCGUCGCGAGGCUACGGAUGUUUUCAAAGCUACGAGUUUAUUUGGUAUCAGUUGUACGAGACAAUUGGACAGCACGUUGUUGAUAGACCGACCAGCCGAUGUGACGAGGAGUACGGUGCAGAAAGCUGUCGUUGUCAUAGGCGGGAGGGAGAGCGUGGCUGCGUUCGGGCAGGUCAAAGAGAAGUUGAGUGUAGUUACGAAGGCUUGGUUUGACCAGAGGGACUUUACAGAUGUGGAUAUAUUACAGAGAUUUCAAGAGAGUCUUGCAAAGACGUUCCGUGAUCAAGCCGAGGAGAAAGAUCACUACUUUGGUCUCUCUCUUCGGGAAUUCAUACACAAGUUCAAGUAUCAGACUCUCGUUCUUUUCAAAUGUGCUUUACUACAACCAAAAAUGCUGUUCUUCGGUUCGCAUUGCGAGGAAGUUUGCAUGGUGCAAUUUGCAUUGAUUUCCUUGAUACCCCGGCUGAUUCGCCAUCUGCAAGACUGCGCCGACCCAACGUUUAAUUCAUACGAAGACGACUUCGUUCGACCGACCUCUCUCAAGACUAGCGACCGCGCCUCUCUUCUCGCGUAUAUGGGUCUGCCGCUUCAGAUUUUUGGAAAAGGGGCUCUCUUUGGCCCCUACACGCCCCUCCAGCAACUCGACAUGCUCGCCGAUUACGGGACCAAAUCAUAUAUCGUCGGCUCGACAAACUCACUUCUGCUUCAACAGAAAGAUCGCUAUUCUGAUAUCCUCAUCAAUUUAGACGAAAAUACCAUAAAUAUAAUGUCUGCGAGCCUCCGCCAGGCCCUUGUCCUAUCCGUGCCCGACCGUCGUUGGAUCGACUUCCUCACCCAAACCGUCAACGACACUUGGGAUCCCGCAAACCCCACCCGCCCGAAAACCCUCGGCUACGCCGGCUCUGAAGAGUUCAUUCGCUUGCAGUUCGAAGAAUACCUUCUUGCCAUGCUGUCGGCCGCAAAACUCCAUUCCUACCUCGCCACCCACGGUCCCACAAAUACAAUAGUCAACGCGGAUAUCGACGGCGAUCCCUCUAGCGAAUUCGGCUCCGACUUCUUCACCGCCUGGAAGCGCACGGAGAACUAUCGGCUCUUCGACCGCUUCACAGACUCGCAUCUUUUCGAUAUCGUCGAACCUAAACACCCGUGCUCCGGCGGCCUCAGUAUCGAUGAUGUUCAGCGCCGUCUCGCAGCACAAGUUGCCGAUUUGCACCUCGAUGAACGCUUCGGUGCCGGUCGAGAAUUCGCCAGUAAGCAGCUCGCGGCAGGACAGAAGAAAGUUAGCACUGCGUUCAACAGCAUAUGGGCAGAGAUGGAGGCCGUACGCGAGGCACAGCGGCGGAGGGCUGAGGAGGUCAAGGCAGAGCGCGACGCGGCGAUUGCACGCGGUGAGAGACCACCCGAGACCGCAGGCGGCGUACGGAGACCAGAUUUCGCGCAGGCACAGGCAAGUGUGCAGGCAGCAGGAACGAGGGCGGGGGCUUAUUUGAGUAGUUGGGGCGCGUGGGCGAGCGAAAAGAGAAAGACAGGGUGGGGCGCGAGGACAGCGAGUGCGGGCGUUCCUCGUGGGGUGACGGAAAUAGUGGAGAAGAGAAGUAGCAGUGUGCCGCAGGCAGCGGUCGCAGUCGAUGUUAAGAUGAAGCCUGUCGAGGAGGUGAAGACGCCGGCGACUGUUGGGCCCGGAACUGAAGGUAUAGAGGAGAGCAUGGAAGGUGGUGAGAAUGAAGGAUUGAAGUCGGUGGUGAGUGCACCGCCUCAACUAGAACAGGCGUAG